AUGAACUCAACCCUUAAUAAUGCUGCAGUCCUAUGGUUUUAUUUGCGUAAAGAAACUAAGUCCAAAACAUUCUGCAACACGAGACCCCACCACCUGCCCAGGGCAUUGAACGCCGGACUCCCUAAGAACUCAUGGGUUCUAAAGAUCCCCUCAAAUCAGCGCCCUAAAUACACCUCCAAAAAACAGCCACGCGCUCCCGCUCCCAGCAGCGCAGGGCUUCGGGACUGGGACCAGGCGGGCGCCAGGCGUGCGCCCCCGGGGAGCCCCCACGCUCCGGCCACGCCCACCCUGGCCCUGGGCGGUCGCGCCCGGAAGGCCUGGCACUCGAGGCGGACAGGUCCCCAAGUCAGGGGCCCGCGAGUCGUCUGGGCGCCCCCGCCUCUAUCAGGGCAGUGCCCCGCAGAGUGCCCAGGACUGCGGGCAAAUGGGCUGGAGAGCCGGGCCGCGGAGCGUUCCCACACUGGUCAGUCUCCCUCCACCAGGAAGCCAACUCCUCGUACCUCCCCGGGGACCGAAAACCGCCGGUGCCGCCGCACCCGUCGCCGCCGCCGCUUGCUCAUGGAGAGCCCGGGCUGCUGCCACCGCCGCCGCCGCCGCCGCCGCCGCCUCAUCUACGAGCAUCGCCGGCUGUCUCGGCCUCCCCUGGCUGAGUUCUGGUCUCUGGCACAGCGUCCAUGGUAUCCGCCGUGGAGGGAGCCACGGCAGCUCCAGCGCCCAGGCCCAAUCCCGCUGGACCCACGGAGCCAGGACAGCGGGACACGUCGCUUCUUAUUAUGGAGGAAGAUUAGGCAUGACCUCCGCCCCCCUCCCCCAAACCCCCCCGUUUCCAGCCGCCUGACAGCGCUGCUGCGCAGGCGCGAAGACGCCUCAGCCUAACGUGCGUGUGUCGGGAGGCCUCAGGAAACAUACAGUCAUGGUGGAAGCGAGAAGGGGAAGCCAGCAUGUCUUACAUGGCCAGAACAGAACAAGAGAGCAGGGGGCGGUGCUACACACUUCUAAACAACCAGAUCUUCAGAGAAUUCUGUCAUGAGAAUAGCACCAAAGGGAGAAAUUUGCCCCCAUGAUCCAGUCACCUCCCACCAGGCGCCACCUCCAACACUGGGGAUUACAAUUUGACAUGAGAUAUGGGCAGGAAUGCAAAUCGAAACCCUGUCACUAACCUAGUAACCAAAGUCAUGCCGUGUCAGUUCUGCUGCAUUCUGUUUGCUAGAGGCGAGUCACUAAGGCCAGUCUAUAUUCAAGGGGAGGGAUUUGGCUUCACCUUUUGAUAGGCAGAGUGUCAGAGAAUCUGUGGAUAUGUUUUAAAACCACCACACGUAUGUAAUAAGCUCCCAGAUCAAAAAGCAGAACAUUACCAGCACCCCAACCACCCUUUCCUUUCAUUACCCCCCACCCCAAGAGUAACCAUUAUGCUGAUUUCUAACAGCAGAGAUUACUGUUGCCUGUUUUUGUAUUUUAUAUAAAUGGAAUAAUGAAACAUGCUUU